GAAAGAGAGAGAGAGAGAGAGAAACGAAAUGGGUUUUGGAGUUUCAUGCAAACUAUCAUUCUUUACCAUGGCCGCCGUGAUCAUUCUGCUGCCAAUUUCCGCCACCGCCCAGUCCCCCCGCGGCGGCGGCGGCGGCAAUAUUACUCUUGGUUCAUCCCUAGUCGCUGACAGUUCAAACUCCACAUGGAAAUCACCUUCCGGCGAAUUCGCUUUCGGAUUCCGGCAAGUUUCCCCGGGAGGCUACUUGCUCGCAAUCUGGUUCGACGAAAUGCCUGAGAGAACUAUAAUUUGGUCGGCCAACCGUAACAAUCUAGUCCAACAAGGAUCAACCAUCCAACUCUUUUCCGACGGCAGAUUCGAACUCAACGACCCAACCGCCGGCCGAAGGAUCUGGGCUGCUAGUCCAGCCACCUCCGGCGUGGCCUACGCCGCCAUGCUCGACAGCGGCGACUUCGUUCUCGCAGCCAAUUCCUCCGCUGUUAUGUGGCGGAGUUUCGACGAACCAACCGACACACUAUUACCAUCCCAGAUAUUCAAUCAAGACAGCAAUUUGAUCGCCGCCUUUUCCGACACGAACCAUUCCAGCGGAAGAUUCCAGCUUGAACUCCAAACCGACGGAAAUCUUGUCCUUUAUACGAGAAACUUCCCGAUGGGCGAUAUCAUCUCUGCAUAUUGGUCUUCACAAACUCCAGGCGACGGGUUUCAGUUAAUAUUCAACCAAUCGGGAUAUAUAUAUCUCACCGCAAGAAACGGAACUAUGCUCAAUACGCUGUCGUCUAACGGAGCUUCAGCGAGCCUAUUCCACCAGAGAUUGACGCUGGACUACGAUGGAGUACUUAGGCAUUACGUCUACCCCAAGUCUGCUAAUUCGACAGGUACGAGGCCAAUGGCGUGGUCCGUUAACGAGUUCUUGCCGUCGAAUUUAUGCCUCAGCAUUAGGCAAGAUAGAGGGGGAGGUGCUUGUGGUUUCAACAGUCUUUGCUCAUUAGGAACCGAUCAGAGGCCUAAAUGCAUCUGCCCUACCGGCUACUCCCUUUUGGAUCCGAACGACCGUUUGAGCGGUUGCAAACAAGAUUUCGUUUCGCAGAGCUGUAAUCAAGAAUCGAACGAUACCGAUCAUUAUAGCUUCAGCGACAUGCCUCGCGUAAAUUGGCCUCUUUCGGACUACGCUAGUUUCGGACCGGUUUCUGAGGAUUGGUGUAGACAGGAUUGUCUUAACGAUUGUUUCUGUUCUGUUGCGAUUUAUGGGAGUAACGGUGUUUGUUGGAAGAAGAGAAGCCCUCUCUCAAACGGGGUUAUCGAUCCUUCCGUUGGAGGGAAGGCUUUGGUGAAGAUAAGGAAAAACGACACCACCACCACCACUGCGGAGAACCCUUUUGAAAGAAAGAGUAGUAACCGGUCCGCUUUGAUUGUAACGGGUUCCGUUUUGUUGGGGAGUUCGGUUUUUCUGAACUUGCUCCUUCUUUCGUCUGUACUUUUCUUCGUGUUUCGUUUCAAGGGAAGAAAAUCGAAGACGGCUAUCCGAGCGCAUAAUACAGUUCCUCCAGGAGUAGUGAGCAUAAGAAGCUUCGGUUUUGAUGAGCUAAAAGAAGCUACAAAUGGAUUCAACGAAGAAAUAGGCAGCGGUGCUUGGUCGACAGUGUACAAAGGGACCCUCAAGGAGGGCGAAAACGUAAUAUUUGUUGCCGUGAAAAAGCCGCACAAGAUCGCCGAAGAAGCCGAUCAAGAAUUCAAAACCGAGGUGAGCUCAAUCAGCAGGACAAACCACAAGAACCUCGUGCAGCUCCUAGGGUACUGCGAUGAGGGGCAAAACCGUCUUUUGGUUUACGAGUACAUGCCCAACGGCUCUCUAGCCGAAUUCCUAUUCGAAAAUCCGUCACCGCCCAACUGGUACAGAAGAGUGCAGAUAGCAUUCGCAACAGCAAGAGGGCUCUGCUAUUUGCACGAAGAGUGCACCAUGCAAAUCAUACACUGCGAUAUCAAGCCUCAGAACGUGCUUCUCGACGGGUCCCACGUGGCCAAAAUAUCCGAUUUCGGGUUAGCAAAACUACUAAGAGCAGAUCAAACAAGAACCAAUACAGGCAUAAGAGGGACUAGAGGCUACGUGGCGCCCGAAUGGUUUCGAAACAUGCCGAUAACGGCGAAAGUGGAUGUAUAUAGUUACGGCAUUUUGUUGCUCGAGUUAUUGUGCUGUCGGAGGAAUUUUUUGCCGGAUGUCGAAGAUGAGAAUGAGGUUGUUCUUGCUGACUGGGCGUACGAUUGUUACAGAGGAGGGGCAAUUCGAUCAUUAGUGGCGGAUGAUGAGGUGGCGGUCGAUGAUUUGAAACGGUUCGAGAGAUUUGUGAUGGUUGCAAUUUGGUGUGUGCAGGAGGAUCCGGCAUUGAGGCCUCAUAUGAAGAGGGUGAUGCAUAUGCUUGAAGGAUCUGUUCAAGUUCCAGCUCCUCCAGAUCCUACAUCUUUUGUUACUUAGGCUUUUUAAUUUUUAUUUUCUGUUUUUAAAUGUUGUAAUUGUGUGUGUUUUCAUUGAAUAAAGUUAUUGGAUUCUAGUUUGUAUUUAUAAACCAAUGUUUUAGCAUUAUCAAUCUCAAAUAGUUUCAA